AUGAUAGUUCAUACGGAACCAGGACCUUUCGUACAAUGGAUCGAAGACUACCCGCUACCGGAGGGGGGAUUGCCAAAAGGAAUAGAAAUGUAUGACGGAAAGGAGGAUCCAGACAAUCACUUGAAACACUUUAAUGGAAUGAUCCGAAUGCAGAGAUGGAACGUUCCGAUUGCAUGUCAUAUGUUUGCACUCACUUUAAAAGAUUUGGCACGUGUUUGGUUAGAUGCUCAGCCGGAAGGAAGCAUCACUAGCUUUGAAGAUUUGAAAACUAAAUUUCGUUCGCAUUUCAGCCAACAAAGAAAAUACAAGAAAAUGCACUUGGAAGCCCAUAACAUAAAGAGAAGGGAGAAUGAAAGCAUCCGCCAAUAUAUCACUCGCUACACGGAUGAAACAACACUAAUGAAAGGUCUCAGUGAAAACCAGAAGAUUUCAGGAUUUGUCCAUGGGUUACGAUUCCAGCCGCUAGUAGAGUUCCUCUCUACGGAUCUCCCGCGGGAAUAUACAGUGUUGAUGGACAAGACUUAUACCUUUCUUGUGGGAAAGGAGACGGCCGGCGGAGUUACCAACCCGGCCUAUGGCAAAGAAAUGGAUCGAAGUAGAAGGAACAGGCACUCUCGGCAUGAGAGGUUCCGGACGACGCCAUUUAACAGACAGCAAGGAGGGCCUUCCGGAGGGCAACACAGUUUUCAGCACCCAAGAAAUACCCGUGAUAUUUUGGCAACAGAAAAGGCUCCGUCAAAGGGAAACCUCCGAGGUAAAGAUAUGACCAAGUUUUGCGAGUUUCACAAUCGCUACGGUCAUGAAACAAAUGAAUGCAAGGUUUUUAAAGGCAAAGUCGAGGAGGCAGUAAAGUCUGGAAAGUAUUCGAUGUUAUUGAAAGGUAUCAAGGAACUAGUCCAAAGAAACAAUCAUGGGAAAAAUCCCGUAAUCGAGGCCCCGGAAGCAAAAGUGGAGCCAUUAGAAGAGCUCAUUGCUACGGUCAUUCCGGAGCAUCCGACACCAGAACAGAGGGUUCCGAGAUCAGAAGCAUGGAAAAAAGUUUCAAUAAACUUCCCUCCGGUCGGAGAUGAGGAAGCUUCGGAUGCACCAAUCAUAAUUGGGGCCAUUGUGGGAAACCAUCCGAUAAAAAGGGUACAUUUAGAUACUGGAAGCGGAUGUGAAAUUAUGUAUGAGCAUUGUUUUUUAAAAUUAAAUGCCAUUCUGAGGAAAAAACGAAAGGACAACAUAAGCCCGUUGGUGGGAUUUUCAAACGAAAGAACAUGGUCUUUGGGGGAAAUUACCCUAGAUGUCACUAUUGGAAAUGCUCCGCGCACCCGUUCCGAGGCCCUAACUUUUGUCAUAGUUCGGGCGGAAUCACCAUACAACAUCAUACUCGGAAGGCCAGCAAUGAAAAAAUUAGGAAUGGUACCGUCUCCAAUUCAUGCAAUUGUGAAAUUCCCAACUCCAAAGGGCAUCGGGUUUGUUAAGAUGGAGCCUCGGCAGGAAGUCCAAUGUUCCCAGAUUUCGAUUCCGGAAGUCGGGGAAUGCUCAAAAAAUAAUGAGAAUCUUGAAGUUGAAAUAGAAAAACUCUUCAUUAAUAAGGAGCAUCCGGACCAACAUGUGAUGAUUGGAAGGAAAUUACCAACAGAAUACAAAAGAAGGCUUAAAGAAAUUUUGGAAAAAAACAAAGAUGUAUUCGCGUGGACACCGACAGACAUGACGGGGAUUCCAAGGAAACUAAUGAUAAAUGGAGAAUCUUUCGAUACGCAACAUUGCUUAAAUACAAGACCACAUCUGGAGCCCAUCAAACAGAAGCGCCGGAGCCUAGCCCCGGAUCGGAGCAAAGCUGUAAAACUGCAAGUGGAAGACUUGGUAAAGGCUGGCAUCCUCCGAGAAGUAAAAUACCAAAGCUGGGUAGCUAACCUGGUAAUGGUUAGGAAGCACGACGGAGGGUGGAGGAUGUGUGUCGAUUUUACUGACAUUAAUAAAGCUUGCCCGAAGGACUGUUACCCACUUCCGGAAAUUGAUUGGAAAAUUGAAUCCCUCGUAGGCUUCCGUCUAAAGUGUUUUCUAGACGCUUACAAAGGCUACCACCAAAUUCAGAUGCAUCCAGAUGAUGAAGACAAGACGGCCUUUUAUACAUCUGAAGGAAUUUUUUGUUAUAAAAAAAUGCCUUUUGGCUUAAAGAACGCCGGAGCAACAUACCAAAAGUUGGUGGAUAAAGCUUUUGGGGGACAAAUUGGAAGGAAUCUAGAAACCUACGUUGAUGAUAUGGUCAUUAAAAGUCGGGCCGAAGACGAUAUGCUUCUGGAUAUUGAAGAAACAUUCCGAACCCUGCGGUCGAUCAACAUGAAGUUAAAUCCUAAAAAGUGUUCUUUUGGUGUGGAGGAGGGUCAGUUUCUUGGCCAUGUGAUCACAAAGGAAGGUUUUAGAGCGGAUCCGGAAAAAGUGAAAGACGUCCAAAAUAUGAAGCCUCCGCAAGCCCUCAAGGAGGUCCAGAGCCUCAAUGGCAAACUUGCGGCACUUCAUAGAUUUUUGUCAAAAUCUGCGGAUAAAUCUUUGCCCUUCUUUCAUACGCUCAAAGGAUGUCUGGAGAAGCAAAAUUUCAGAUGGACGAAGGAGGCGCAGAAAGCUUUUAUAGAAUUAAAAAAUUACUUGUGCCGGUUACCAACAAUGACUGCCCCAUUUCCCGGAGAAACUCUCCAGGUGUACCUGGCAGCUUCCGGAGAUACUAUAAGUGCAGUCUUACUAGUGAACCGGAAGGGAGUCCAACAGCCGAUAUAUUAUGUGAGCAGGAUCCUACAAGCACCAGAAACAAGAUAUCCUGAAAUUGAGAAGCUUGCUCUAGCUUUAAUCCAUGCAGCCCGAAGGCUCCGGAGAUACUUUCAGGCAUAUCCCAUUCAGGUACUAACGGAUAAGCCCAUCAAACAGGUACUGACCAGGCCGGAGGUUUCGGGAAGACUGGCAAAAUGGGCAGUCGAAUUGGGAGAACACGAAAUUGAAUUCAAACCGAGAAAUGCGAUAAAAGGCCAAAUUCUAGCAGAUUUUCUUGCCGAAGUUCCAGUAAAUGAAACAAAGAAAAGAAAAGUCAUACAAGUGAAGCCGGAAGAGCCGGAAGAUUUGAAAGCUUGGAAGUUAUUUACGGACGGAGCCUCAAGUGCAGAUGGUUCCGGAGCCGGCCUCAUCCUAACAAGCCCAGAAGGAAAAGAGUUCACAUAUGCUCUGCGUUUUGAUUUUAAGGCAUCAAAUAAUGCCGCAGAAUAUGAGGCACUGCUAGCGGGCUUACGAAUAGGAAAACAGAUGAAGGUAGAUCACAUUCAUGUCUGCGUAGACUCCCAGAUUGUGGCAUUCCAAGUGGAUGGAACAUAUGAAGCAAAGGAGCCGGCGAUGAAGAAAUAUCUGGAGAAAGUAAGACAAGUAAGACAAAGUUUCAAAACCUUCCGGAUACAAAAUGUCAGUAGAAGCCGUAACAAGAUAGCGGACGCUCUAAGCAAAUUAGCCUCCACCUCUUUCGCCCAUCUCACUAAGGAAGUAUUAGUUGAAGUACUACAAAAAAGCUCCAUUGAGGAAGACACUGUUGUAAGUCCAGUAGAAGAGGAAGGACAAACCUGGAUGACACCCAUUAUUGAAUAUCUAACCAGUGGAUUGCUGCCCGAAGACAAGGGGGAAGCAAGGAAGAUUAGAAUUAAAGCACCACAGUAUAUCCUCCGAGACGAAGGUUUGUACAAGAAAUCAUAUAUGGGACCUCUGCUAAGAUGUGUUGGCCCGAAACAGGCAAAGGCUGUAAUCCAAGAAGUACAUCACGGAUGCUACGGAGCCCACGCUGGGGCAAGAAUGGUGGUUGCUAAAAUCACCAAAAUGGGAUAUUAUUGGCCAUCCAUGCAUGGCGACACUCUGAAAGAAAUUCAAGCAUGCGAUUCUUGCCAAAUCCACGCGACCGUUCCGAAGGCUCCGAAGCAUGAGCUCAUCCCAGUAACAUCAGCUUAG